AUGGCAUGCCUAUAUGAAAAAGCGACAAGCUCGAAAUGUGGUUUAGAAAAUUUGAUAGAAGACAAUAAUUCUGGUCAACCCAAAUUUGAAAAACAAAUGACAGAACAAAUACCACCACAACUCUCAGAAUUAGAUCAAAUUUACUUACAACAGAAACAAGAGAAAGAACUAUCGUUACAACCUAUACAACAGCCGCAACAACUCUCACCAUAUCACCAACAACCCAUAGAACAACUGCGGUCUUUAGAAGAUUAUCCACAAAAAUUCACAUUACAGGAAAUAGCGGAACUCUUGCGAGGACGAAUCACAAAUCCAAUAGAACAAUUUUUUUGGGGAGACUAUAUAAUAAUUGUUAAAUAUGCUUUUGACGAACGUAAUUUAACCGUUCAAAAACGCUUGGAAGGUGGAGAAGAAACUAGAGGGACAAUUAUUAAUGAGGAAGAAAAUCGUCAUCAAUACGAAAUCAUUAAAUUGAAAGAAAGUAAUAUUGAAUUAAAAAGACAAUUGGAAAUUAAAGAUGUUGAAAUGGACAAAAUACUCAAGGUUAUGGAAAGUAACGAAGAUUUGAAAAUACUUCAAUCACAAUGUAAUACUCUCGAAAGCGAAUGUCAAGGAGCUAAGGCAAAUAACGAUAGAUUAGAGAAAUUAUUAAAUUUAAAAGAUAAAGAAAUUGAUUAUUUGAAAGAAGCCAAUGAAAAAUUAAAGAAAGAGGCUAUCAAAUAUCAAUCAGCUUUGGGCGAUGCAACAAGUGUUCAUCUAGGAAGUCAAGACCCCAACAGCGCUGGACAAUUAUCAAAAGAUAUUCGUGAUUUACACGACAAUUUAGUAAAAUUUUGUGGACUGAGAAAGGCAGAUGCUGAUGUUAAUAUAUCGACGGUAAAAGAACUCUUGAGAAAAUUUGGUUGUUCGCUCACCGUAAGUAAUAAGAUAAGCACUACCGACAAAAUUUUGAUCUCUGGCGCGUUGGAACGUCACGUAAUUGAAAUGAUCAUUGAAAAAACUCAAAAUUACCUUAAAAAAGUCAAUGAAAAAAAUGCCAAACAAGAUGACGAAAAUCGACAACAAAGCUUGGAAGCAAAAAUAGUUAAUACGACAGAGCAACUGUUGGAAUUGACAAAUUCGAUUCCAACAUAUCGCGCUGGGACUGAUGAAGUUACCAAAGCUACUUCAACAAAAUUACGUCAACAAAUUUAUGGUGUUCUUGGGAAUCGUGGGUUUUCCAAUAUGGUUGCAGAUGGAGGUAAAAGGCAUCCGUUGAUUGUGGGAUUACAGAAAAAUAUUUUAAAAUCAAUGGAUGAUUAUCGUACAAUUAAAAACCCAGAAAAAUUAUCAGAAAUUAAAAAAUUGAUUGAUCUGAUUAUUAGACAAGUUAUUAGUAUAUUUCUUUUCAGAUUAAAAGUGCAAGAACCUGUUGCCGAAUAUAAAUUUUUUACAAUUAACACAAGUAUCAAUACUAAAAUGAUGGAAUCACCUUUAGACGAAAAUGAGAUUGAAGACUAUUGUGUUAAUGUUUGUGAAUUCCCAAUAAUUGGAUCUAACCUUUGUGAAGCUGACAUAUCUGACAAAGAUUUGAAAGUAAUCUUUCCUGCGCAAAUUACGACUAUUAAAAAAUCAUCAAUCGAUUUGAUCGACCUUUAA